AAUAAGCCAUCCUAUUCACUACGUUUAUCUGUGCCCAAAUUAUCCUAAGUAGCACCUCUUGAUAGGUCAUUAUCAUUUUCACCUUUAACACAAAUAGUUGAAGUAAAAAUCAUAGUAAAAAAGAGAAAUGCCUCUCAUUCCAGCCAAAAACUCUUCCUCAUCUUCCGGCAGAAGAGGGUUCUCAGUCAUGAUCUUUGCGGCGCUCCUGCACAGCUUUCUGCUGCUCCAAGUGUGCUGUCUUCCGUCGCAACCGCUCAUGCAGCAGGACUUUGCCCGGGGGGCCGAAUCGAUCCAGGCAGCGAUCGACAAGACUGCCCCAGAAGCGGUGCCGAGGGCAAGGGUCGUCGCCAAACCUGAUGCGCAAGCCGUGGUUUCAAGGAAAGAAGUCCCGGAUAGACUGUCUCCUUUAAGCAGACCGGGCAGCAGCUUCAAUCCCGCAGAACACACCGGAUCGUCCUGGUAUUAAGCGACGUCCCAAGCCCGCUCCACCCGCGCUCCAUCGCGACAAACAUCCUUCCUGACCUCUAUCGCCCAUGUUCACUCGCUUACGAUCUUCGCAAACACACACACACACAUCUACACUCUUUUUUUUGUCACUCUUUCAGCUUCUUUCGAUCGUGCUUUCUGGGGGAAAAGGAGCACGAUGUUUGUUGUAGCCAUGAUGGGAAGAGAUUUCGGGCGGUUGUUUGUUGGAUUUCCGGUGUCUUUGCAAGAUGCUCUUUCCCACACAACCAUAUACGUACUCGAGAUGCUCUGAUCUUAUAAUCAAUCGCUCUAACUAAUAAGCCGCCUUUGCAAAAAAAACCGUCCCAUAAUACGCAUGACUAUUGCGUUUCAGGAUUGGGGUCC